AUGGCCACCUCGACCACGCACGGUACCCCCGCCUCGCCCUUCCCUCCCCGCUCCAGGGACGAGGUCGAGGCCACCCUCGGCGGCUCCGGCUCUGGCUCCAACGGCAGCGCCGAGCUGAGCUACCUCAAGUCGCUCGUCUCGCAGCUCAACGACAAGAUCUCGCAGCUCGAGGGCAAGGCCUCGUCGAGCCUUUCGGCCGCCAAGGACGCCGUCACCGGCGGCGCCUCGUCGCAGCAGGGCGUCCGCAUGAUCCUCAUCGGUCCCCCGGGCGCCGGAAAGGGCACGCAGGCGCCCAAGAUCCUCGAAAAGUACAACAACUGCGUGUGCCACCUCGCCACGGGCGACAUGCUGCGCGACCAGGUGUCCAAGCAGACCGAGCUCGGCAGGAUGGCCAAGAAGAUCAUGGACCAGGGCGGACUCGUCUCGGACGAAAUCAUGGUGGGCAUGAUCAAGGACCAACUCGAGAACAACAAGGCGUGCAAGGGCGGCUUCAUCCUCGACGGCUUCCCGCGCACCACGCCCCAGGCCGAGAAGCUCGACGCCAUGCUCAACGAAAAGAAGCAGAAGCUCGACCACGCCGUCGAACUCAAGAUCAACGACAACCUCCUCAUCUCGCGCAUCACGGGACGUCUCAUCCACCCCGCCAGCGGAAGGAGCUACCACAAGGAGUUCAGCCCCCCGAAGAAGCCCAUGACCGACGACAUCACCGGCGAGCCUCUCAUCCAGCGAUCCGACGACAACGCCGAGACGCUCAAGAAGCGCCUCUCGACCUACCACGCCCAGACGGCCGCCGUGACCGACUACUACCGCAAGCAGGGCAUCUGGGCUCCCGUCGACGCCUCGCAGGCCCCCAGCGUCGUCUGGCAGUCGAUCAACGCCAUCUUUGAGAACAAGAAGGCCACCGCCUCGGCCUAA